AUUCUCCAGCUUGAUCUCAAAUCUCAAAGUCUAGUCUUCUUUCUUACUGGUAGAAGGUGUAUACAUUUCAAACUAAGCUCUUAAACUUUCUUCUUUGUGUUGUGUUUCAAAGAUUAGAUCUUGAAGUUUACAGUUGAUGCUUGUCAAAUGGCGAUCAUAACAGAAGAGCAAGAGCCAGAAUCACCCAAAACCAGAGAAAACAAGAAACCACCGAAGAAACCAACUUCAAAUCCAAACUCAAAACCUAUAAAACCAGCUUCAAAUCCUAACCCAAAUUCACACACUCAAAGCUCUUUUGCCUUCUGGUUCUAUUUCACUCUCACUAUUUCUCUCAUCACUUUCCUCUUCGUCUCUUUUUCCUCUUUGUCCCCACCAGACCCCAAAUCCUGGUUCCUUUCUUUGCCUAGUUCCCUGCGCCAACACUUCUCAAAUGGUAGAAUCAUUAAGGUUCAAACGACCCCAAACCAAUCACCAAUUGAAGUUUUUGUUACUGAAAAUGGUCAGUUUUCUUCAUCUGAGAAUGUUGUGGUUGUUCAUGGCUUGGGGUUGAGUUCUUUUUCUUAUAGUGAAGUCAUAAGACUUUUAGGCUCAAAAGGGGUUCAUGUUAUAGCCCUUGAUUUGCCUGGAAAUGGGUUUUCAGAUAAAUCAAGAGUAGAGAUUGAAGAAGGAACAAAUGGGGUUUUAGGGAGGUUUAAGGAAGUUUAUAGUUUGAUUCAAGAAAAGGGUAUAUUUUGGGCUUUUGAUCAAAUGGUUGAAACUGGUGAACUCCCUUAUGAAGAGAUAAAGUCUAGAGUUUUGGUUAAAAAGAGUGUCAAGGUUAUUGAGUUGGGAAGUGAAGAGAUGGGAAGGGUUUUGGGGCAGGUUAUAGAAACAAUGGGAUUGGCUCCUGUGCACUUAGUUUUACAUGAUUCUGCUUUCGUCAUGGCUGCAGGUUGGAUUUCUGAGAAUCCUAGGUUUAUCAUAAGUGUAACCCUUAUUGAUACGGGACUAAAACCUGCUUUACCUUUGUGGGGUUUGAACAUACCUGUGGUUGGUGAAGUUGUGUUGAGGUUUUCAUUUGUGUUUGCAAGGUUGAUAAACUUGUGUUGCUCAAAGGGGAUUGGUUGGUCUGAGUUGGAGGCACAUAGAGUGCUUUUGAAGGGAUGGGAUGCACGAAGAGCAGUUGUGGGGAUAGGGAAGAAGUUGAAUUAUAGUUUUGAUGUAGAAGAAUGGGGUGGUUUGGAUGGUAUAAAAGGAAUGCCAAUGCAGGUCCUUUGGUCUAAUGGUUGGUCAGACGAAUGGAGGAAAGAGGGUCGACGGAUCGCAGAGGCACUUCCUGAGGCAAAAUUUGUUGCACAUUCUGGAGGGCGAUGGCCUCAGGGAGAUGCUGCUGGUGAACUGGCUGAGAAUGUAGCUCAAUUUGUAUCUUCAUUACCAAAAACAGUUAGACAGGUUGCGGAAGAGCCCAUCCCUGAGCAUAUCCAGAAGAUGUUUGAUGAAGCAAAAGACACUGACCAUCAUCAUCAUCAUCACGGUCAUGGUCAUGGCCAUGGCCAUGCUGCCCAUGGUCAUGAUCAUGCUCAUGCAGCUGGUUUUAUGGAUGCAUACGGGCUUGGUCACACAUGGGGCACUUGACCUGUUUCUUCCUAUUUUACUGGAAUGGGUUUAAGUUAAAGGUUUAGAUUUAGGUGUGCCUAUUAACCAUAUGCGGUAAUUUUAUGCUGUUUUCGAGUUUCUUAUUGUUGUUCAAGAUUCCUCCAUUAAAUUGUAAUCGUAAAAGCAUUGUUUUCUGAAAGCUUGUUAGACUUACAUAUUUUUAUGUGACACAAAGCAAAGCAAUUUCCAAAGCAA